GUUGUCGCGACCUAGAGACAUUCGACUCUACAGUGACAACGAAGACGAGACAACUGAGAAACAUGGAGAAAAUACAUGAGCGCUCUUGACGAGGAUCGGAAAAUGGCACAAACUUGCCGAAAAAUGAAGCGACAGCACAUCGACGCACAUCCGUCACCGACGAACGCGCGAAAUCUGUUGGUUUUCGACGAGGAAUACCAGAAUACGUGAGGACAUUGUUUUCGCCACAUUAGCGCCGUAAACGGACAGAAGGAAAAUGGCUGCGAUGGUCGGUUCGGAGAAAGGUUGUGAGGGGACGGAGAUGCAGAGGUUCGGCAGCGGAGGGAUGGCGCUCCUGCCCUGGACCAAGCAGAUACUGACCGUACUGUGGGAACAGCUGCGGCUGCUGGUGCAGGUCAUCUACUACACCUUCAUGUCAGUUUUCCAGAUGUUCAGGUUCGAGGUUCACGUCCGAAUCACGGACGAAACGGGUCAGCACAUCCAGCACAUGACCUCUGCAGCGAACCCGACCGAGUCCUUCCUGUUCUCCUCGUUAUUUGACGGAGACAACGGAGUCAUGGUCGCCGGUUCCAGUCCUCUCUCCACCUUCUGUGCGGACGUGGGCGACCCGUUCACGGGUCAGUCCCCCGCGGAGGCCCUGCUGUCCAGCCUGCGGGCCGACGACCUGUGCUGCGGACUGGUGGACGACUUCGUGUCCAGAACAGCUGGCAAAGACGACGCCGGCAUCUUUCUGGGACACCAGGCGACGCUGAAGAUGGGUUUCCCCGGCGACUGGAACAUCUUCGUGUCGUGCAGCGACAGCUCCAGUUCCAACGACACCAGCGAGAAGAUCUUCAAGCAGGAGAAAGUGAAGGAGAGAGCUUCCAGCCAGGACACCUCGGAAGAGGAGAGGAGCUGCCACUGGAGCAGCGAGGAGGAGCAGAACGUGGAGUUUGACAGUGAGGAAAGUAAAGCGCUCUGGGAGUCUCUGUCGAAGUCCAGUGAUCCCUACAACCCCUUCUUCUUCUCUGCGUGCACAUCAACAAACACAACCAUGGGGAAGAGUAAGAGCAAAGCCACCAUGAGCGGCGAUGCUGACUUGAAGUCAGUGAACAGGGCCAGCGAGGAGGCGCUGGGUCCACGAGGCCUGAGUAUCUGGGUCAGUCGCUCCGACAGCGAGAGCAGCUGGAGCAGCUGGGCCGGUUCGGACGCCUCGAGCCCCGACGUCGACAAGGAGGAGAGCGAGCGGCUCUGGGAGUUCUUCAGCAGCCCCCACGACCCCUACAACCCAAUGUGCUUCACUGCAUGCACACUCAGCUCCACGUCCCCCCAGAACCCUAAAGCCGCCCCGAUCUGCCCCAAGACAGACCCCGGCCCAGAGAAGGAGAGCAGCUUCCCUCCUUCAUCUGAGGACGACGAAGAGGAGCAGCUGUGGAAGUCUCUCGGCCAGAAAGACGACCCCUACCACCCCCUCAACUUCCAGGCCUGCCUCCAGAGCUCCCCAGCAGCAACACUCCAGGCCUCAGGACGGAAUCCAGCCUCAAAGGCCAAGACCCGGAAGACCCGGAGCGAACCCAGAGUCACCAAGUCCCACUCCCACCCAGACACCACGCUGGUGCCGUGGAAACGAGCCGGGCCGAGAGCUCAGCCGGCCCCAGAGGGGAAGAAGGAGGCCUGUACCCGGCAGAAAAAGGUGCGCUUCUCUCCCGUCGUCCAGGUCCACGUGAUGCGGACGUGGCCCUUCGCUCGACAGGCCUCUCGUAAAGGACAUUGGGAGGAGAUGGCUCGGGACCGGGACCGCUUCCAGAAGCGGAUCCGGGACACGGAGCGGGUGGUCGGGCGCUGUCUGACCCGGGCCCACAGAGAGAAGGUGUGCGCGUACCUGGACGGUGCCUUGAAGUGAACACUGAAUGUUUGGUUCCUUCCUGGAUGAGAACUGGUGAUUGGUUGCAAUGCAACAGUGAUUUGAAUGUGGAGCUCGUACCGCAGAAGGUUUCUGGUGGUGAGACUGUUGCACUGACUGACACUUUCCCGUCGUGACCUCAGCGUUGAUUUACUGAAUGUUGUGUUGUUUGCCUUAAACACUGACCUAGUAAUGUAACUUAUUUACGCCCUAUGGAGCUCCUGUUCUUUGUUUUCUCUAAGCGUGUUAAUGUGUUUUUACGUGUGUAAAUAGACCACAGUGCUAAAUGUAGAGAAUAGAACGAUGACGUCAUCGAAGGCAGAGCUUUACAGUACAAAGUGUUUUGAAGUGGACGCGUUCUGGUGCAGUUUGGAUUUUGUGUUUUUAUCUGUGACUGUAUUUAUUCUCUAUACGUUCAGACACUUUGUUCAUGUGACUCCGCUUCUUGUGGUAACAUCACGUCAGACUCCAUCUGUGGCGCGUCACGUGAUCAGGUUCUUUGUAGAAUCAAUAAAAUGUGUUACACUGUGA